AUGUUAUUGACGUCUCGUGAUGCGCAACGCGAGAGACGAUCAUUGUAUGCUCUCGCGGCAGCUGCUGAAGAUGACAGAUUAAGUUUUACUGGUACCGAAAAUCCCUCUUUUCAACCAGAUUCAGUAUCCAAUAGUCAUGCAUCUAACAUAUUAUCACGUCCACAAUCACAAUCUCAAAUUCAACCACAACAAUUUUUAAUGAUCACUGACAUCGCAACAGAUGAAGCAAUGAUUAAUAAUGCAAAAGAAUCAAUAUCAUCGUCCAGGGAUAGACGAUAUCAUUGGAGGAUGAGCUAUUAUUUUUAUAUUCAUAUAUGUUGGUUUAUUAUCACUGCAUUAUUGGGUGGUUUGAUUGUUUGGCUUAUUGAAAAUCAUUCAUCUGCACGCAAUCUUCAAAUGAAAGUAGAUUAUAUUGAUGCAUGGUUUGUUAGUAGUUCAUGUGUGUCUAGUUGUGGUUUGACAACAAUAGAUUUUGCAAAACUUUCAGUUGCUUCUCAAGUUAUUCUAAUGAUAUUUACAUUUAUAUCAGGUGUUACAGUUAGUACAUUACCAGCAUUAUUUGUUAAAGCUCAGACACAUAGAAGAAUUGAAGGAAUAACUGUUGAUGAUGAUCAUGGAGAAUUAGAUAAUGAAAAUCAUGAUGAAUUACCAACAAUUAAUAUUCGACGUAAAAGAAAUUUACCAGAACAUAUUCGAAAUCGACUUGCAACAUUACCAACUGCACAACAACUUCGUUAUCGUGCUUAUUUAACAUGUAUUGUUCUUAUUGCUGGUACUUGUUUUACUAUUUAUUUAAUAAUAUUUAGCGCUAUUGGAAGUUGGUUAUCAACACAUUAUACACCUGAACAAUUAUUACAAGGAAAUGUUAGUGUUAAUCCAUGGUAUAUUUCAUUUAUUAUAACUGUAACAGGUUUUAAUCAAAAUGGAUUAGCACCUUUUUCAGAUGGUCUUUCACGUUUUGUUGGUGAUAUUUAUAUUAAUUUCUUUGUUAUGAUAUUAGUUAUAAGUGGAACAUCACUUUUUCCUUUUCUAUUACGAAAUGUAAUAUUAUUAGUACGACUUCUAUCUCCAUGGCGUCAUAAAGUUAUUUUUGAUUAUAUUCUUUUGAAUAAUCAUCGUUUAUGUACUUUACUCUUUCCUGCUGCACAGACUCGUAUUUAUCUCUUAGUAACAUUUAUAUUACAUAUAUCAGGUGUUAGUAUUUCACUUAUACUCGAUUUAAACAGUGAACAUUUUACUAUGUAUCAACCGGGUAUACGUUUUAUUAUAUUUAUGUUUCAUACAGUAAAUACACGUUUUGCUGGCUUUCAAACAGUUGAUAUAAAUUCAUUUGCUACAGCUACAUUAGUAGUAUAUCUAUUAUUAAUGGCAACUAAACCACAAAUGUUAUGUGCACUUGAAGAAUCUCCAUUUGAAUUAGUUUGGUUGGCAUUACAAGCACGAGAAGCAGCUGAUGCUGAGACAAAUUCUUUAAGGAAUAUAAAUACUACUUCAGGUUUACCUGUACGUAGUAGUCGGUCAGGAUCGGCUGUAUCAUUAUCAACAAGUAGUGGUUUACCUAUACGAAGCAUGGAACGUUUUCUACGUCGACAAAGUUUUGUUACUAAAAAUCUAGCUCGACAACAAUUUAAUACUUCAAUAUUAGAAAAUGAUACAGAUUAUAGACCUCGACGUUUGAAAUGUUUAUAUAUUCGUUAUUUUCUUAUUUAUUUUAUACGAGCUCUUAUAAAACAUACAAUUAGUUUUUUUAUUUUAACUCGUACUUGGUUAUUCUUUUUUAUAUUUCUUAUAUGUGCUAUUGAAAAUAGUCGAAUGUCACCUAUUGAUCCAAAUAUAACUAUAUUUAAAAUAAUCUUUGAAAUAAUAUCAGCAUUUGGAACAGUUGGAUUAACACUUGGAUAUCCGAAUAUAUCAUCAAGUUUUUCUACUGUUCUUUCAUCAGCAAGUAAAGUUAUACUUGUUAUAACAAUGUUAAUGGGUCGACAUCGUGGUUUACUUGCAUCAAUGACAGAUCAAGAAGCUAUUGAACAUAGUGCUGCUGAUUUACUUGAUCGAAAAUGUGAAGAAGUUAUUUAUGAAUAUCAAAAAACAAUAUUAGAUUAUAAUGAGAUUCAUCGAAACACAUUCGAGGAAGAAAUUACACAAUUUUAA